CCUCACACCACAAACCUCCUCACGUAACCUCUGCUCCGGAAACAAACACACCUUACACCCCCCAGGACUAAGCUCCAUACAAUGGGCAAUCGGGCCUUCUGCUCAGCUGCUCCCCACCUGUGGAAUUCCCUCCCAGACCACCUGAGGGCUCCACAAACAACAGACUCUUUUAAAAAAGGCCUAAAAACCUUUCUUUUUAGAAAAGCCUUUUAUUAAAUGUAUUGGUGUGCUUUGGCCUUUUAACCUGUUUUUAAUCUUGUUCAACUGUGUAGCACCUUGGGAUUGCUUUUAACAAUGAAAAGUGCUUUCCAAAUAAAAUGUAUUAUUAUUAUUAUUAUCAAUCAACAGGGCUGCAAGAAAAGGAGUUGAUAUGCACACAGCUCCACGGUGACUUCAGCUUCAUGCUGACAUUCAUUAAGAAACAUCAAACUGAGAAAAAUAUUCAGACGCAGAAAAACUCAAAUAUAAAGUUUGCAUCUAUGUUGUGUGUUAUGUUACCUCUGCACAGCUCUUCUCUGGAUCUAUUUUCAGGGCUGGAUGUAACUUUUGUCCUCACUGACGACUUCAUGAACUGGACUGAGGCCCAGAGCUACUGCAGAGAACACCACACAGACCUGGCCAGUGUGAGAGACCAGACAGAGAACCAGAAGGUCCGGGAGGUGAUUCAAGCAGGAGGAGCAAGCAUUGUCUGGAUCGGCCUUUUCAGAGACUCCUGGAAGUGGUCCGAUGGAAGUAACUCCUCGUUCAGAUACUGGUUGCCAGGGGAACCUUAUGGUGACUCUGAGGAUUGUGCAGUAACAUAUCUCAGCUACUCUGGAAGAUGGCGGAACAAGAACUGUGACGAGAAGUAUCCAUUCAUCUGCUACGGUCCAGCCCCAAAAACAAGUUCAAAGCAAGUGUUCAGACUGAGGCUGAGGAGCUCUGUGGACCCCAACGACCCUGCUGUGAUGGAGGCAAUGCUGAAGCAGUUCAAACAGAAGCUGAAGGCCCAGGGGGUGAAUGACGACGUCACACUGAGCUUUAGGAAGCAGGCAGAUGGAAAAGCCUUCCACAAGGAGAAGAAGAAGACCAGAAAGGUGGAGCUUUAAUUUAGAUUUGCUGUGAAUCAGAAAAGUGUGUUUCUUUACUCAGAUACCCCUUUUGGACCAAAGCAGUUUCAGGAGCGUUUGGAGCCGGUGCUAGUGCUGGUUCACAGUUGGUUCCACUUGUGAACCAGCUCUGAACCUGUUUUCUUUUCCACAGAGAGCCUGGUCAUUACGUCUCUGUUAACGUCUGUAUGUCUCCGUCCUCUCAGCCAGUAUAACAACAACAGACUACAUGUCUCUACAGCACAUCUGCUGCUCAUCUAGAUCACUAUGGACGCCCAAUACAUUCUGAUUAACACUCAACGUAACAUGCUAAUGUUGGACUUUGUUGUUAGCUAACGCUAGCACGCUAGCAAUCACCCGCUAACAUUAGCCCACUAGCUGGCCCGUAUCAAUCACAUUGCAGUUAAACAAAUCAAAUAAAUGAAUGAAACACGUUUUAGUUGGUGUCUCUCAACAGGCCGAGUUGGUCUUGUUGGUCAGAUAGCCCCGCCCCCAGCCCCGC